AUGUCGAAGAUAGAAUUAUUAUCUACUUAUAAACAAUUACUCAAAGCAUUAGUUAAAUAUGAACGUCGUGGUAGAUUAGCACAAUUAAAGUUUGAUAAUAAACGUCAAAUAUCAUUAAUAACAUAUGACAAGAUGCAAAUUAUAAGAAAACAACAAUUGAAAAAUAUUAAUACAAAUGAUCAAAAAGAUUUAGUAGUACAAUUAAAUCAAUUAAAUCAAAGAAUGAAAUUAUUAAAAAAUCAUGAUAUAAAUAAAGAUAAAUCAUUAUUAUAUCUUAAGGAUAGUUCUCCUUUCAAACAAUUAUUUGAAACUGAACUAAUAGAAUUUAAUCGUGAUAAUAAUACUAUUGAAAACCCAAAUCGUUUAAUUGAAUCAUGGAAAGAUGCUACUAAUUUUUUAAAUAAUCAACGUGAAUAUGAUGAAUUAAUGGAAUUAUAUGAUUUAAGUCAUAAAUAUACUCAAAGAGAAAAAGUGAAAGCUACAGCAAAUAGAGUCGGUUUAAAUGUUCCAUUCUAA